AUGGUAACUCGUGGCGGUGAUAUGUUAAUUAAGCUAUGGGAUUUGGAUGGACAUGUGAUCUUUAUCUUCGAAGGUCAUGAAGCACCUGUUCAUUCAGUUCUUCCUCACGCAAAGGAAAAUAUCCAGUUUAUAUUAUCAACUUUGAUUGAUGGGAAAAUUCGUGCUUGGGUGUAUUAUGGCAAGAACUUCCAGCUUGAGUACAACACUCCGGGACAGUAUUGCACAAAACUGAUGUAUAAUGCUGAUGGAAAUAGGUAA